AUGGCUGGACCAACGAAAACUUAUCCACGUCGUGAACUCUCUAGUGAGCCGUUUGGGGACCAGUUAGACGUGGUAGAAAAGAAGCUUAUUGAGCUGCAAAACGUGCCACUUGUGUACAUGAAUAGCCGGAGAAAGCCAAUCAUAAAACAUUUUUCAAACGAGGUACCAGUUUUUCAUGGCAUUCCAUCCGGUCAACCACCGGUCCAACGGACUCCGAUGGUGGCCCAGCCACUGUGGGCAUCUACGCCGCGUCUGAACUUCGACCCGUUUGCGCCUGAGUUUCAUGUUGGUAGUACACCAAACAUUUGGGGCAAUAAUGGACAGCAAAAAACCGCUGCUAGUGUGUGGGGAUGA